GGCAGCAUGAAACAGCUCCGUGCAAAAGAUUGCUUCGUUUAAACGUCACAGAUACAACCAAACAACCCGACCUGAGAUCCCAAUGAUAUUUUCGUCAAUAAACUAACAACUUAUUUUAUUCUUCUUCACCUCUCUCAUCUCGUCACCUCUUUUACGCCUUUCUCACCUCUGUUACUCGCCUCUGCAGCUACAACCGCCACCCAUAUUUUAAUAAAAUGGCGAAAUUGUCCUUACUUUCAACGGUCCUCCUCCUUUUGUCCCUCUUCUUUCUCACCACAGCCGAGAUCAAAACGCUAACCAUAAACGCCGACUCCCGCCCCAUGAUUCUUUUUGAAAAAUUCGGAUUCACUCAUACCGGCCACGUCACCAUUUCCGUCAGCUCUGUCUCCGUCUCCGGCUCUUCCUCAACCUCUGCCCCUACGCCUAAUCCUUCCCGUCUCGGCUUCUUCCUUCUCUCCGAAGAAUCCCUCCUUCAAGUUCUAGUCGAGAUCCAACAAAACCCUAACUUCUGCGUCCUCGAUUCGCACUACAUUCUCCGAUUAUUCAACUUCCGUGACCUAUCUCCGCCGCCUCUCUCUGGCUUCAAUCAAUCAUAUCCCGUGACGGCUCCCAAUGAAUACUCUCUCUUCUUCGCAAAUUGCGCGCCGGAGACUCAGGUCACAAUGAAUGUGCGCACCGAAGUUUAUAACUUGGAUCGAGAUGGUUCGAAAGAUUAUCUCUCGGCCGGUUUGACUCAGCUGCCUUCGAUGUUUUUCUUCUACUCGUUAUUGUACGUUGCGUUUGUAGGAAUCUGGAUCUACGUUUGUGUCAAGAACAAAAAAUCGGUGCAUAGAAUUCAUUUGUUGAUGGCGGGGUUGCUUUUGACGAAGGCGUUCAAUCUGAUUUGUGCGGCUGAGGAUAAGCAUUUCGUGAAAGUUACCGGGACGCCUCACGGUUGGGAUGUAUUAUUUUAUUUGUUCCAGUUUUUGAGGGUCGUUUUGCUUUUUACGGUGAUCGUUUUGAUCGGGACAGGGUGGUCGUUUUUGAAACCAUUUUUACAAGAGAGGGAGAAGAAAGUGUUAAUGAUUGUGAUUCCCCUGCAGGUUUUGGCCAAUGUGGCUUCGAUUGUGAUUGGGGAAACGGGACCUUUUAUUAAGGACUGGGUGACAUGGAAUCAGGUGUUCUUGUUGGUGGAUAUUAUCUGCUGUUGCGCCAUUAUUUUCCCGAUUGUGUGGUCGAUUAGGUCUUUGAGGGAGACAUCAAAGACUGACGGGAAGGCUGCACGGAACUUGGCGAAAUUAACUUUGUUUAGGCAGUUUUAUAUUGUGGUGAUUGGAUACUUGUAUUUUACACGAAUUGUGGUGUUUGCCCUUAAGACCAUUGCUGCCUAUAAGUAUCAGUGGGUGAGCAAUGCAGCUGAGGAGACAGCCAGUUUGGUGUUUUAUAUGGUGAUUUUCUAUAUGUUUAGGCCUGUUGAGGAGAAUGAGUACUUUGUUCUCGAUGAGGAGGAAGAAGAAGCUGCCGAGAUGGCUCUCAGGGACGAAGAGUUUGAGCUUUGAAUUCGGUAACUUGUUACAAUAGGAUCUUUUGGAUUAAUAUUUGCAGGUAGAAUAUCUGUCUUAAGUCUGUUUCUUUGUUUUUGUCCUUUUUUUCCAGCUUUUAAAUUUAUGUUUUAAGAACUUUCAUGAUAGUUUCUGUACCUUAAAUGAAAUUUUCUCAUGAAGAUGAUAGUGAAUUCUGAAAUACAGAGUUAGUUCAAAUA